CUUUUAAACAAUGUGUGUUGAUUCAAUUAUUUGCAAAUACAGUACGGAGAAUUCAGAAUAGUAACGGCAACAUUGUAGAAUCCGGCAUGAACAUUGACAGUUUGCAACAUGUGACGAGUGGCGAAGUGGUGGAGGUGGAACUUAAAUGACAGUGACAUGUCCUUAAAUGACCGAGUGUAGGUUAUGUAGGUAGUUUACGUUUUUUACUCUAAUUUAAUUCAAAAGUACAAAUAAUGAGUGCUAGUAAGGCUUUUAAACGAGUAACCCAUGUCAUCUUUGAUAUGGAUGGUGUUCUUUUAGAUACUGAAAUUUUAUACACGCAAGCCACACAAAAAAUUUUAGAUCAAUAUGGAAAAACUUUUACAUGGGAAGUAAAAUCCCAAAUGAUGGGACUACACGGCCAAGAAAUGGCAGAAAGAAUAGUAAAAACUUAUGAUUUGCCCAUUUCAGCUCAGGAAUAUUACAAACAAGCAAUGGAACAAUAUUAUAUCAUCAUGCCUGAAUGUCAAUUAAUGCCAGGUGCCAUCACAUUAGUGAAACAUCUUCAUUCGAAAAAUAUUCCAAUUGCAGUAGCAACAUCAUCCUCACAAGAAAGUUUCAAUCUUAAAACGGGAAAGCACAAAGACUUUUUCUCGUUAUUUAAUCAUAUCGUUUGUGGAGGUAGUGAUCCUGAAGUGAAAUCAGGAAAGCCAGCACCUGACAUAUUUUUAGUUUGUGCUUCUAGAUUUACUGACAAACCAAGUCCAGAAAAAUGUUUGGUGUUUGAAGACGCCCCCAAUGGUGUAUUAGCUGCUAUUAGUGCAGGAAUGCAAGCUGUUAUGUUACCAGAUGAAAAUGUGUCACCAGAACUUAGAAAAAAUGCACAUGUUGUUAUUGAUAGAUUAGACAGGGCUCCCCUAGAAAAAUUUGGGCUGCCAAGUUUAAACAGUUAGGUUAAAGUGUUAAGUUUAAAGAAAAAUAAAGAUUUUAUUAGUUAACUGUUUAA